AUGGGACCGACAGAGGCUCCCUGCUCACCCGCCUUCCCUUCCCUAGACCCCAUCAUCAUGGACGACGAGAUGGAGUCCGCAUUCCGCAACGCCAACAUGGAUUUCCUAGACCCCACGCAACUGGAUAUGCCCUCAGAUACGGCUGGAGGUGACUUUGACGACCUCUUCUCCCAUGUCACCAACGCUCGCUCCAACGGCGCUCCCGAGUCUUCCAAGCAUUACCAGAACCAGCACCUCCUGAGGCAACCAUCUGCCAUGACCGCCGAUUCCCCAGCAGAGUCCCCGGACAACUCGAGCCGCAGCUCUUCGUCAGAAUCACCAAGAAUUCAUCUGCGCCAGACCUCAGUCGCAUCCACAAACUCCGUCGCCCACAGCGAGAACCAAUUGCCGUCCGCCGGAUUUCCCUCGGAAGAUUGGAUGCGCCCUGACUUAGCAUCAGUCAAGGAGGAAUCACCGUUCACGAUAGAACCGUCUUACCCAAUGGAUGCUGGGUUCCCAGACUUGGAGUCUAGCAACAAGGCCAUGGAUGCGGCAUUCGACUUUGAAAGUGCGGCGAGCAGCCCUAGUCCAUUAAAAACCGAGAACCCCCCUCAGCCCAAUUCUCAGCAUCUAACUAAGUCACAUAUUUGGAGUCCUUCAAGUGCUUCGGCUCAGCCGGUGUCGAACGACGCCGCAGCAGCAUCAUCAGUUCAUGCGCCUGGGUCGCCCUUUUUCUCCUUUGGUCUUAAAGAGCAGUCUCCCUUUUCUGGGUCUGCCCAUGGUUCCAGACUGUCCGCUGCGCAUCCGCAAUGGGGUGGACACUCCCCGUCCUCACUUUUGGAGGAAAGUUUUGGAGGCAUCAAUAUGAACGGACACUCCCCGAUGAAUGCGUCGUUAUCACCCAGCAUGAACUUUGGCUCCCCGGCCUCUUUCCCAUUCCCGAUCAACCUCGCGUCUUCCCCGGCCCAGCAUCAAAUGGAUACCACAAACUCUGUGCAGCCCGUUCUGACGGUUCAUCCGACGUCCUUGAAAUCUCGCGUCGAGACCCAAAUCCCCAUCCGAUUGACACUAUCUCCGUUGCCGGUUGGCGUGAAGAAAUUGCGCCUGCCAUCACACACCAUCUCUAAACUCAAAUUCCUCGCCCCUCCUUCUACCGAUUCCACCCCCGACACUCUCCGAUUGUACACCAGUUUGGUGUGCACGAGCGCAAUGCAGGACCGAGAAAAGUUAAAGCGGGCUUUCGCGCGGACUCGAGGUGAGAGAAACGCGAAUGGUGUGGAAGAGGAGCGACCAUUGGAUGGUGGAGAUGUCAAGAUUUGUGGAGGUUGUAUCCAACGAGAACGAAAGCGCGCUUCUCGUAAGAAGCAACGGAAGCCCGAAGAAGAUGAGCUCUUUCAAAAGGACGAAGAGAAGCGUGUGAUUGUGUUCAACACGAGCGAGCUCAAGGAAUGGACCGAGCCACCGAAGAACGCUUCUUCCGGCUAUAAUGAAAUGCCGCUCGCUCCCCCGGGAUCGAUGCAGGUGGAGCUCCCUAUGCGCAUUGCAUGUUACUGUCGUCACCAGAAUGAGAAGCUUGGGUUCCAGGUCAUUUUCACCGUGAAGGAUCACAUGGACAAUGUUGUCGCUCAGGCUAUCACCAACUCCAUCAUGAUCACUGAUGACCACAAAACGCAAGCUCCCUCUGCACCUCCCACUGGCCCUGCGGCAGCUAUGUCUGACGGAUCUUCGUUGCCCGGUGCUGGUGUAUUCUCAUCCGGUCUGAAUGGCGAGAACGGCAAGGCCAAUGGGGCGUUUGCGUCCCCGCAAUCUCCGACUGAUCUUCAGGGUCUGCAGCAAAGGUUCAAUUCGCAGUAUCAAUUGACGCCGAGCUCAUUUGCCGCUGCUCAAAACUCAGCCAAUGGCGUGUCGUCAACUUCCCAAACUCCCCGUAGCUUGUCUCGACAGGCUUCGCCAACGGAUUUCCAGGGCCCGCAGACGAAGAGGCGGAAGCACAGCAGCUCAGGAAGACUCCCCUCGGAACUUACAAUGACGCGGAUGGAGACGCCUCAAUCAUCGAAUUCAGCUAUGACCAAUUCUGCACAGCUUGCCGCUGCCCGGGGUUUCACUUCGCCGACAGAGCGACCAUUUGUGACACCAACGUCCAUGUCCGGGCAAUAUGGCAAUGGACCUCCCACCCCCAAUCAAGCCAACGAUAACAACAACCCCUUCUUCAACCCUACACCUGCCCAACGACAAAGCUUGGAUAGUUUGGCCCAGCAACCUAUGGGGUCUGGAGCUAAUUCGGCCCAGCCCAGUCGUCCUAGUACUCCGGGUGCUUCAAGUCGUAACGGCUUCCAGGAUCCAAAUCUUGCUCUUGCCCUUGGUCCCAAUUCUGCAAGCCAGAUUUGGCCUCAACUCGCUACUACUCCCAAUCGGCUGCCGUCGGUGAUUCAUAAACUUGUGCCCGCGGAAGGGUCGAUUACUGGAGGCACGGAGGUUACAUUAUUGGGCAGUGGCUUCUACCCCGUGCUUGAACUGUUUGACCCCCCUGCUCUCCAGCCGGGUCUAGUAUCAGUGGUUUUCAAGCACGAACAUCCCACUUUCGGUCAAGUGCAAACGCCUCAACCACUCAUGCCGAAACAACAAUUAUUCUUCAGAUACGUGGAUGAUCGUGAGCUACAAAUGUAUCGCUUGGCGCUUAACAUUCUCGGACAGAAGUUGGGCAAUCAAGCGGAUGCAUUCCAGACAGCUCAGCAGAUCAUGGGAAGCGACCCGAAUGCUAUCUUCAACAUGCAGAAGGAUAUGCAGGGUGGUGGCUCCUCUGGCGGCCAUCAGCGACAGGUGCCUGGACACGAAUCUCAGGGCAAGCUCAGCGAUCUUGAUUCGAAGAUGCUGACCUACCUAGAAUUCAUCGAUCUUGACGAUAGCCCGCGGCCCCCGCGCUACAACUCGCGCAGCACGACUGGCCAGAGUCUUCUUCAUUUCGCGGCCUCGUUGGGCUUGACCCGAUUUGUCGCUGGUCUUUUGGCACGAGGAGCUAACCCCGAUGUACAAGACAACACGGGCAACUCGCCGAUGCAUCUGGCAGCUCUGCAUGGUCACGCUCACAUUGUCCACCGACUCCGUCUGACAGGGGCCAAUGCCAAUGCUCGCAGUGUGCGUGGCUUCACCCCUGCUGAUCUGGCGACCACUCUCCCUGCUCACCAGGCCGCUUUGCUCCCAUCUCGUCACUACAGGUCUCGCAGUGUUGGGUCUCUCGGUUCCCGCCGCAGGCACAGCAGCACCGCCUCUCUCAGUUCGCUUUGGGAGGCAUCAUCGGCUUCCGGUUCAUUGGGUCAUGCCGUUGACGAUUCAAGCGAUCUGGAAGAUGAAGACGAGGAUAGUGAAGACUCCGAUGGCAACCCUGUACACCUGAGCAUGUCUCGACGAUCAAGCAUGCAUCAAGAUAUCAAUCCGCCGGUCAUGGACACAGUUGAACCGCCUGCGGCACCGGGUGAUGCUCGUGGAUUCUCUACGCCGGAAACUAUCGUCGCCUGGCGGAACCAGCUGGCUGCACAGAUUCAUCAAUUCCAGCAGAGCGUGGCAAAUGCCUUCCCGAACAUUCCCGCUCUGCCUCCCAUGCCAGCUUUGCCUGAUUAUCAGGCCAAUCAAAUGAUGCGUCGCAUCACUAAUCUGGUACCUAACCGGCCCACUGCUCGAGAGGGUUGGUGGGAUCUGUUGAAGGGCAACACCGCCCAGGGUCAAACCUUGCCUCCUUCCUACGACGAAUUGUACCCACAUCAACAAGACACACCAGAAGAUGCUGAGAUGAAAAAGUCUGCUCUCCUGCAUGCAGCCACGGAGGCGGCGAUAGACCAGCACUUCGAGGCACAGAGCAACGUUGCCUCCUCCUCUGCAUCCGCUUCUACAUCAGCGGCUGCAGUCACUACGGAGCGUCCUAGAUCAGCCAAGGACGAACUGAAGGACAUAACAAUAGGCCGAAAGGUCAUUUCGCGUGAGCAACAGAAGCAUCUCCGAGAGCACCAGGCCCGCCGGAUGAAGGGUCUGGGCAGCGACCGGAACCUUUACUUCGUUUGGAUUCCUCUUCUGCUUCUUGUUAUUUUCGCAUGGAUUCGCAACUACGUGCCUGGUAUCUGGCAAGGCGUUACGGAAAUCUAUGAUUUUGUGAAGGCUCGCGCGACACAGCGGGCUGUGGAAAUGGGCAUUUAG